GUUGUGAACUGCGGGUCAGACCCUCCCCCUCCCACCCCUUCCUCCUUCUGCUCGUCUCCCCCACACCCACCGGCAGGUCCUCAGCUCCAGGUCCUGCCUCUGCCUCUGCCUGUCGCUGUCCGCGAGAGCUCCCAGGAGACAGCAGGCUGAAUUCUUACCAUAUAGUAAGCUAGAGAAGAGAAACUAUUAUUAAGGAAGAGAGAUUAUGCUUACGGCGUUUAUUGAAAAAAAUCGGCAUGUAGGCGGACGCGCACGGUUCAAACCCGUGCUGUUCAGGGAUCAACUCUGUAUGUGAAGUCGCUGAAGUGAGCAAGAUGACCCAAAGCACGGUGACCGUGAAGGGAGUCGACAUGGCCUCUGCACAGUCCCCGGCCACCCACGUCUACAUCCACAUCCACCAGGAGUCAGCUCUGGCACAGCUGAAGGGGCUCUGUGCUGGCCUUCGGAAUGCAGGGCCCCCCAAGGCCAGCAUGCCCUACGGACGGCUGGCACUAGGGGUGACGCAGAUAUUGCUGGGUGCUGUGAGCUGUGCUCUUGGGGUGUUCCUGUACUUCGGGCCCUGGACCGAGCUGCGUGGCACGGGCUGUGCCUUCUGGGUGGGGUCCGUGGCCAUUGCAGCAGGAGCUGGGGCCGUCGCCCAUGAGAAGCGCCGAGGCACCCUUUCAGGCUGGGUGUCAGGCCUGCUCACCCUGGCUGGCAUCGCCACGGCCGUGGCCGCCCUCGUCUUCUGUGGGAAUGACAUAGGGUGGCGGUAUGACUUCAUCGACAUCGGCCUCGUGUGCGAUCGCUCAGCCCCUCCCACGACCUCUGAGUACGGCUGGACGCAGGGAUGGCGGCAACGCAGCGAUUAUGGAGACUCGAAGUGGCUGGAGACCGAGUGCAGGGGGUACAUGGAAAUGCUGACGAACUUGUUCCUAGGAAUCCGUAUCCUUCUCCUGACCAUCUGUGCCCUGCUGGCCAUCGUGUCCUUGGCUUCCCUGGGCUUGGGACUCCGAAGCCUGUGUUGCCACAGCUUCCAGCCCCUGGCUGAGGAUGAGUCGGAGAAGAAGCUACUGGGGGAGAAUUCAGCGCCUCCCUCCCCCUGCAAGGAGAAGAGCAAGGCUACCGUCGUGGUGUGAGCAGCCGAGGACCCCACCUGGAUGCCUGCACGUCCCCCCAGAGCGGCGAGGACCUGUGGAGAGGACAGUGACGCUCCCAGGGCCCCUCACUGCCCUGCCCCUCACGCUCGCCUCUCCUUCGGCCACCGUCCAGCUCAUCCUCACCUGCUGUCCACCCCCCCCUGCCGUGUCCUCAGUUCAAUGAACAAGUAUCAUCUCGCUUUCCCCCAAUGCUGAUUAAACAGAAACGACCGCACUAAAUAAUUUGAAACGUCAA